AUGACUAGCAGUGUGCUGUUGGCUGCAUUGCUUUCGUUGAUAACGUGGGCUCUUCCUGGCGGCAGUGAAGGCAAGCCACUGUUGGUGGCACCUGCUGUGCAACAUAUGCGCGUGAUCGGUCAUGGCUCUGAUGCGUCCGACACGGAUUCGGACAGCGGGAGUGCAUCUGGAAGCUCUUCUGCAGCCGCAGCUGCAUCCUUGUUGGUCCUUGUAUGCCUCGCGUGCAAGCAGAAGGAAGGGGAAAUCGAUCGCGACAACCCAGCCGGGUUCGAGCAAGUGGUGGAGUUCUUCUCUGGUGGCGCGGCCAACUCCGGACCUUGCCUCUGCAAGUGGUGCUUCUACUUGAAACGAGGCAGCCUGAACAACAUGAGAAUAUCAGAGCUACUCGGCCAUCUGGAUGCGAAGCCGGAUUUCCGAGAUAAGCACGAAAAACCAGAUGUCAAAGUGUUGCUGGAGCGGAAGGAGGAGCAAUACGUUGACGUCUUCUCCGCAAUGACUUGGCGGAGCGUGAAGAAGUUCUGUGACGAUGAAUACCCAAGUAUGACUUUCCGUAACGAUAGCCAGCGAAAGGCUUUUAUCGUACGGCAAGGUUUCAGACUACAGGCUGACGACAAGGGGGUGGAAGGCGUCGUUACGGCGAAGGACGCUGACGACCUCAAGGAAAUCAAAGUGGGCAAACGGCUCGCAGCCUCCAAAAUCCGCACGCAGGAUUUGGAGGACGCCUCCGACUACAGUCGAGAACAAAUUGCCGCCAUGCAGGCGAAGAACGCGGCUGGCUUGGCCAUCCAGAUGAAUGAGGAAGAUGUCAAUGCCAGCAAGCUGCCCGCAAGCCAGAGCCCGGAUGAUGAGCCCAAUCCCAACAAGGGAGAUGACGGGGAUGAGGAGGAGAGCGCCUCGUCCGAGUUCGGCCUUGCAGCGCCAGCCGCCCCGCCGAAGAGCCGUGUGCGAGGGAAGAACAAGUCCCAAUCAUCCAAGCCGACUGUUGAGCACGGUGGCAGGAAGAAGACGGUCUUCGGAUCGCCACUCAAGGUCAAGGCAGCUGCUGCCGAGACCCUCCCGGCAGAGUUCGACCAGCUCAAGGCGGUGAUGGCCACGGACAUCAUCAACAACGUCCAGAUUGUGCACGAUGUUUUCGGUAAGCUGCGAGGAAACAAGCCGGUUCUCCCCGUGUUGCAGGAUGAGGGCUUUGCGGCAGAGCUCACCAAGGCUUUGCAAACGGCGGCCAUGGACCCAGAGACCUUGGCAGCAGUGCUCACCUACCUUUGCUCCAAGGUUGCUGCAGAGGGCGGGCCACGCUGGUUUCUUCGUAUGGUGAGUGUCGCCGAUCCGGCGACGAACCAGUGCCCGGAUGAAGAUGAGGAUGCCAGCGACUUCAAGCCGAUCUGGAGUUUCCACGCACUCUUCAAUGUGGCUGACAGGGUCGAUCAGAUUCUGCUGCGGUCGCAAAGCUCUGGCACAUAUGCUUGGGUGGAGGGCUUGAAAAGCAUGGAGCAGCUGGACGAGACGAUCCUAUGCAUCCCGCCCGAAAGCUUAGCACGUCACCCCGGCGUGCUGAGGGCUGGAGUGAAGACGGGAGCACCAAGUCUGGAAUGUUUGAAGCCGGAGCUCUAUGACAACCAGACGGGGCUGAAUGCACAGGUCUUGACAGAUUGGCAACGGAUCCAGGGUGCCAUCUAUGUUCGGAGCCAUCAGAAGCAUGGGUCCGGAUCCAUGCCGAAUGGGUUGAAGCUGUACCUCAAGGAGGUGGUGUCAGCUUCCUCCUACAGCUCGCGUGUGGCUGUGUUGAUGCGACAGCCACCUUGGAAGCAGCUUUGGGCGGCCACUGUUACCGAAGCCAAGAGCGCUCUCGAAGGGCAAACCUUGGUUGGUCAGGGAAAGAAGCAAGCCGCGGCAGUGAUGGAGAUGUUGGAGGCCUUCACCGCCGCCGAUGAGAAUGGCAUGCGCGACACCUUUGCCGAGACCCUUCGUCAGAAGCAGGAGGCUUGCGCGUUGAACUUGCAGAGCCUCCUGUCGGACGUGCAAAAGUUCGCAAAGGAAGAGGCGGAGGAUGCUGAGGGCAAUCGUGCAGCAGCAGAGGCUUGCGAAGAGCUGAGCGGAGCUUUGAAGCUGCUCGAGGAGUGCUGCAACGGGCCCCUCAUGCACAAAGUUGAGCAGACCGCUCAAGCCGUGAUUGGCAAGUUUUGGGCAGCUCGCCCGGAUGGCGCGGCCGCACCGAUCCACCUGGAGGCCAGCCCUGUGGACAGGCCUGCCGCGUGGACAAAGUCAGAUGAUGACAGUGACGAGGUCCCAAAGUGGUUUGACAGCCUUGUGACUCUUUGCGCCUUCUUCAAGAUCCUGGGCAGCUCGGAAGGACGAUCGAAGGCAGUGUCGUUCAUGUGCGACUUCGUCAAGAAGGUGAAGGGCUUCUACGAGCUCGUUGGCUCCACGAAUGCUGAGGCGGAAACAUUGAAUCAGGCGUGUCAGUUCUACGUUGACAUGGAGAAGAAAACGAGCAAACAGGAGAAUUGCAAGGGCGAGAAGGCUUUCGAGGCUGCUGCUGCAGCAAUGGGCCGGCUCAAAGCUUCCAUCGCUGCAGCGGCGAAAGCUUGGAUUAGUGCCUUGUUGAGCAACACGGCUGCCGACGAGGUUGUGACCAAGGUCAAUGGUACGUUGGCAGUGCAAACUCCGGAGAUCAAGGCGGCCGUGGCCAGCCUCAACCUGACGAAGGAGUUGGCGAGCAGUUUUCCUUUGCCUGAGGAUGUUUCGUUGGCUCAGCUCGGUGCUAGCACGGCAUUGUACAUCAAGGCAAGCUCCGCGGAUGAGAACCUCGUGGAUCCUGCAACAUUGCGGAAAAGCCGUGAGUUCUGCGAGCAGGUGGAUGGUGCACUCAGCGGGCAUGUGGAAAUCUUCGAGCAGACGGUGGCCGAGCUUCAGAAGCUGACCGAGAAGUACAGGCGGCGUGGGGGAUGCGUCGUGCGGCAUGUGAGCGCUCACGGAAUCUUGAGGCCGGUCAAACAGUGUGCGGCCGCGUGGGACAUGAAGGACGUCGCUUGGAUGUUUGAUAGCUCCGAGGAGGUGGAUGCCGAGGUCAAGCUGAUCUUGUCACUCCGGGAGGAGGCCUCCGAUGCAAUGAAAUCAGCAGAGAAGAUCGGGUCCAUGUUGGAUGCAGUGCCUGCAAACACGAGCGGGCAGAAGUUGCGGGAGCUGUGCAUCAAAGACUUGAGGGUAGAUGCUGCGACAACGGUCGGCACGCUUCUGGGCUGCGAUGUGAUCCUGAAUCCCAAGCACGCGGGGAAGCAGAAGCAGGUGUGUGCGGAUGUGUUCAAGUUCAUUGGCUCCAGCUUGGGCAUCACCCGACGCGAUCUGAUGAAUGUGUCCUCAAAGUUGGUUGCGCAGCUCCAGCAGUUUGAGGAUGUGCAGGGCCCGAAAAAGCGGGCUGUGGCUCCUUCAGUGCCAGAGUUCUUCAAUUGCAUCGAUGUAGCACCUGCAUGCCUGUAUGUAAGUAGGUUAGAGUGGACUGUAAAGCUACAAGUGCUGGUGUGUUGUAUGCGCUGA